AUGAGAGCCCACGACCCAAACACGAAUGUGGCAAUCAUAUCUUCCAGGAAGAACAAUUUACACAAUCCAGGCUUCGUCCGUUCUGCAGCUCCAUCGCCUUCAGUUCGAGCAUCACCAGAAGCUGUAGAGCGAUCUUCUCCAAGCAUUACAGGAAUGAGCUCAUCGCACGUCCAUCAAAGAGCACGCUCUGCAGCACCAUCGCCAUCUACUCAUAGCCCAACCGAGAGCCGUGACCACACACCUUCUUUCGGCUCAAUGGUUGUCCCCUCAAACGUCUAUCCAUUCCGUCAGCGAGCCCGCUCCAGUGCGCCAUCACCUUCUCCGUCCAUUAGCAUGAACCUCGGUAUCAAAUCAGAGAACAUCUUUCGUACGCCUACUUCUGGUCAUCAGUCUGACUUCAAUCGAACAACCAGCACCGAUCUGGUACAAAGCUCACAACAUCGACAUCGACCAGCACGAGAGCGAUCAAACGCACCAUCGCCAUCGCCCACCAUGGAUCCUGCAAAACUUGAACCCAUACUCAAACACACAGCUGAGCAUAAGCCCGUGCAUAAAAAUGAGUUCAGAAGUAGAACUCAUCGGACCAGAGUCCCAGCACCGCGAACCUUCCGCUCUUCAGCUCCAUCUCCAGAUCGAUCGCUUUCGAUGUCCUAUACGCCUCCUGCUGGUGCUAUACCGCCUACAAAUACACCCACCAGUGCGGAGAAGAAGGCAUCUGCAUCAGCCCCGAAUAUAACUCGCACUGCUGCGUUUAGCUGUUCAUCUCAUCGCGGGCUUCUUGAAGGAAUUUCGAGUUUUGACGACAGUGAGGAUGAUGAGGAGGAAGAAAGUGACAGUGAUAAGGAGAGCAGAAACAGUGAUGGAGAUGAAUACGAACUCAGAGCUGGAGAUGCAGGUGGAUAUGAUCCUGAGAACGAUCCCAGAUUCAAAGACAUCUACUGCCAGAGUAGGAGUUCGGUUACUAAUACUGUGACGGUCACGAAUACAUACCUCGUUCCAGCACCUACUCGAGUGCCGCCUCCAGCCCCAACUGAAGCCAAGAAUCCAACACGUCAAUCUCGUCCGUCGCAAAGUGCCAAAGACAAAGAUGGCGGCAAGAAGCAACCAGUUCUAGAGAAGAUUGGCAGGAAAGGCGAUGAAGAGGAUGAGCAGGAGGAUGGUCGGCGGGAUGAGGACGAAGACAAAAAGCGCAGAACCUGGAACCCACCACAUGCGCCGAAAGCAAUGCAGAGUCAUCAGAUUACGUGGAUUAAUGACAAAAAGGUUGGGGAGAGGAUUAAUGGGGUGCAGGUUUCUAUUGAUGAAGAUGAAGAUGAAGAUGAAGAUGAGGUUGGCGGGAGGGGGAGAAACAAGAAGGGAGGGAAAGGGAAGGGGUUGAGUGGGAAGUUGGGGAUGGGGAGGAAAGGUGGACAAAGAAGAUGA